CCAGGGAGGUCGGGGGAGGAAUGUGCUGUCCCCACAUGGGAUGUGGGUGCUGGCAGGGUGCAGAGCUGAGCAUCUUCCCGGCUCUACCAGGGCUGCCCGUGAGCUCAGCACUGCUGCACGGGAUGGCAGAGCCCAAUGCAGGGCUGUGAACGUGGGGGUCCUGUGCUCCUUUCUGGAGCCAUCUACCUCCUGUUCACCCCAGUUUCUCCUGUUGGAUAGGGGGAAAAUGACCUCUCUGGUUCGCGAUCACUCGUGUGGAUGAAGCCUCCAGUGGGGAGAGGGAGACAGCGAGAGGAGUGGAGGCUGGCCGUGCCCGACGCUUUGCCAUGUAAACCUCCUCGGCCUCGCACACUGCAGCACAGACAGAUGUUGGCACAGCCCCGGACCUGCAGAACGGGCCACCACUGUCACUGCCUGCAGCCGGAGACACCCACCUCGGGAGAGAAAUGAAGAUGCUGGGAGCAUACCAACCACCUCCGCUGGGCCCCGCACUGCUGCGUGGCUGCUGCGCUCCGUUCUCCACUACCCGCAGCAGUGACCUUUUGGAAAUGUUGUACGCUGUGGUCGUCUCUGAAUGUCUUCUCUCUGGGGAGCAUCUUGUGGAGAUAGAGAUUCAGACAUGAUGUCUAUCAAGAAGAAGAGCAGAUUGUGGCCAAUCUGUGGCUGCCUGCAGAGUAUUGCUUAAGCCACGUGCUUGACGAUCAUAAGGUUGUCUCUAAAAAUAAGCGGUGGCUUCUUUCAGGUUGUCUCCUUGGCAUCACAACUCAUUUGGGAAUCCUCGGUUCUGGGUCCUCACAGCAGUUAUGAGGGCUGGGAGUUUCCACGUGGGAGGGAAGCAGCAAGUCCUGCGGCUGUGGAGGACUUGGGUGGGAGCACAGGGGGAAGGCAGCUCCAGGAAGAGGUCAGCCAUGGGUUUUGCUGGGCAGAAAGGGUAAAUCCUGGCCCUGCUGGAGGCUUGGGCAGCCUGGCUGCUCCAGCAUUGCCGUGGCCAGCCCUGAGACUUGAGGCCAUUGAGCAGGGGGGGAGCCAUAAGAUGCAGCAGCUGCCAGUCACCAAAAUCACUCCCAUCUAAAUAAGGGUCUUGUGGUUUUCCAAUGGCCCCUUUAAGCUGUGCUUUGGGGUAUUUUCUGCAGUGACCCACAAGGAGCAGGUCUUCUCUCAGACAUCUCUCCUCCCAUGCUUUCUCGCCCUAUUUCUGCAUGUUGUCAAAAAGAUCUGAUGUCUGAACAGCCUCUGGUGGAUCCCAAUCCCAUGAGCUGGGCACCACCAGGCUCUUCCCGUUGUCCCCAGCCCAGCUCCAGGGUGUUUACUGGCUCCUUCAGCUGCAGCUGCUCAGGACGGGGCUGGCACAGGCAGGAUGGGGCCCUGGUGCCCACCACAAAUGAUGAAGCAGCUGGCUUUGUGCUGGGCAGGUGAGCAGCGCCUGGAAAUGAAGUGACCUAGAAAAACUGCCCGUGUGCGCCAGAGCGCAGAGCCGGGAGAGUUGGUUUCCCAGCCAGACUCUGAUGGGAUUAGGAAUAACUCCGUUAGGUAAUUCUCCAUGGGAUCUGGUGAUUGAUUUUCUUGCUUUCUACACCCAGCUCUCUCCUCCUGUCUGUUUCAGCUGGAUUAUUCUCAUUCUUGCUUUGCUAAUUGCCUGAUCACUACAGCCUCAUCACAACAACGUGCAGGGAGACCACUGGCCUCCCAUGACCCCCAAGUUUUCUGACUCCUCAUUCUCAGCUCUGAUUCCCCCUCCUGCACUCCCCAGCAUCAGCUGCACAGUUUCUGCAGCCCAGAUUGGACAGAGGGCCCCUCUGGGAGCAGGGGGACUGGUGGAAGGAUGAGGGGUGGUCGGAACAUAAGGCUUGAGGUCCAUGAGGAGGGACCGAAGCUGGCAGCAGGGAGGGUCUGCAGGCACCAUGCUGAAGCUGCGGGACAGCAGGAGGCUCACUCUGGGGCUCCAGGCUCCCAUCACAUCACAGCUUUUCCCCUGCACGUGCACAGAUUCUCCAGCCUCCAGCACCAGGAAAUCACGUGGGGCCUCCUGGGCAUGUGCUUAAGGACACAGCACAGUCCCAACACUGUCAUUCUUCUCUGCAGCAUCAGUGUUUUGGGGGACAAGCCUGCCCAACGUGCCCACUGGCCCCAGCACUGCAUCCUGCCCCACAUGCACCCAUCCUGCACAGAGAUUCUGCAGUGACCGCACUGUGGGUGCUGCUAGACGUAGGACUGGUGACUCCCCUGGGUGCUGCUGGGUGCUGCUGCCCUCCCGGAGCCCAGCGGGGAAUAUCGCAUGCCUGGCCUCGAGCAGCAGUUUCUGAGGGCAGCCCCAGGAGGACCAUUUUGAAUUCUGAAAGUGCAUGGGAGAAUGGUAGAGAGUCCGUAAGACCAUGCUCUACACCAUGACAUGUUGGCUCCCGGUCCUGAUCCUCCACCUGGUCCUCCAAAGCUCCCCACGGGUGGCAGCCUGCCCUGCCCGCUGCGAGUGCGCCCCGCAGAUCAAGUCAGUGGUGUGUCACCGCAAGCGGCUCACCGCCAUCCCCGAGGGCAUCCCUACUGAGACCAAGAUCCUGGAGCUCAACAAGAACCGCAUCCGCUGUCUGAACCCAGGGGACCUCUCCCCAUACCCCUUGCUGGAGGAGCUGGACUUCAGCGAGAACAUCAUCACCAAUGUGGAGCCAGGUGCCUUCAGCAACCUGUUCAACCUGCAGACCUUGCGGCUGCGGGGGAACCAGCUCAAGCUCAUUCCCCCAGGAGUCUUCACCAAGCUGACCAACCUCACCCUGCUGGACAUCAGCGAGAACAAGCUUGUCAUCCUGCUGGACUACAUGUUCCAGGACUUGCGAAACCUGAAGAGCCUGGAGGUGGGUGAUAACGACUUGGUGUACAUCUCCCAGCGAGCCUUCUCAGGGCUGCUCGGCCUGGAGCAGCUGACCAUCGAGAAGUGCAACCUGACCUCCAUCUCAGCCGAGUCGCUCUCCUACCUCCAGAACCUGGAGGUGCUGCGGCUCCGGCACCUCAGCAUCUCCACACUGGAGGACCAAAACUUCAAGAAGCUCUACAACCUCCUGCAGCUGGAGAUCGAUAACUGGCCGCUGCUGGAAGAUGUCUCCCCCACCAGCUUCCAGGGCCUGAACCUCACCUCACUCUCCAUCACCUACACCAACAUCACAGCCGUGCCCACCGCUGCCUUGAGGAACCUGGUGUACCUCCGGUACCUGAACCUGUCCUACAACCCCAUUAGCACUGUGCUGAAGGGCUCCUUUAAAGACCUCAUCCGGCUCCAGGAGCUCCACAUUGUGGGCGCUCUCUUGGUGUCUGUGGAGCCGCAGGCCUUCUCUGGCCUGCGACAAAUCCGGCUGCUCAACCUUUCCAGCAACUUUCUCUCCACGCUGGAGGAGAGCACCUUCCACUCCGUCAACACACUGGAGACACUGCGGGUGGACAGGAACCCCCUGGCCUGCGACUGCCGCCUCCUCUGGAUCCUGCAGCGACGGAAGACGCUCAACUUCGACGGGCAGCAGCCCAUGUGCUCCACACCACCUGAAAUCCAGGGCAACGCCCUGCGCGACUUCCCCGACUCCGUGCUCUUUGAGUACUUCACCUGCCAGAAGCCCAAGAUCAGGGAUCGAAAGCUGCAGCAUGUCACAGCCCGCGAAGGCCAGUCUGUGUCCUUCCUGUGCCGGGCGGACGGGGAGCCAGACCCCUCCAUCGUCUGGGUGUCCCCCCAGCACCGCAUGAUCACCACGCGCAGCACAGGGCGAGCAACCGUGCUGCCAGGGGGCACCCUGGAGAUCCGCUUUGCCCAGGUGCAGGACAGCGGUACCUACAUCUGCAUUGCCAGCAACGCGGGGGGCAACGACACCUACUUUGCCACCCUGACGGUCAAGGGGCACCCAGCCGACGGCUCCCCCUACGCCAACCGGACUUUGUACCUCAGCGAAUUCAACGACACCUACCACAAUGACACCCAGGUCUUCUUGAAGUUUACGCUGGAUCUCAAGACCAUCCUGGUCUCCACAGCCAUGGGCUGCAUCACUUUCCUUGGCGUGGUCCUCUUCUGCUUCCUGCUCCUCUUUGUGUGGAGCCGGGGCCGGGGGCAGCACAAGAACAACUUCUCGGUGGAGUACUCCUUCCGGAAGGUGGAUGGUCCCACAACCACCACGGGCCAAGGAGGAGCCAGGAAGUUCAACAUGAAGAUGAUCUGAGCCUCUUUGGAGGAGAAAUGUUGUCUGCUGCCCAGCCCUGGGCAUGGGUACAGCAGGAUGGAACUGGGGGUGCAGGGGCACCGGUGAUGUCCUUGCUGCUUGGGGGCAUCAGCAGGGCCAGCACCACAUGUACCCAGAGUCUGGGAUCAAGGACCCACAUGGUCCCAGCCCCACGGUGACCCCACAGGGUACAAGUUGCCCAGGGGCCAUCCCAGCUCCCGAUGUAGCUGAUGUUUUUGCUACCAACUAUGCAUUUCUUGAUGGAAUCAGCAGCAUUUCGGCCUGGGAAAAAAAAAGAAAAAAAAAAAAAAAAGCUUCCUUUUUUUUUCCCUUUUCCCUUUUUAUUUUUUUUUUAAAGAGACUGUCUGGAAAACUUUCUUGGUGUUGUUUAUGGUUGUUCUCUCUUUUUUGUUUUGUUUUGUUUUUUUCCUCCAACAAUUUUUUAAAAUGAAUUUCCAAAAGAAAAGUCUUCCGGUGCGACGCAGGACUGGGGUGCCAUACCAGGGUGUUCCUGGCCCCCCCCCAACCCCCCGCCGGCACAGCCAGACCCCAGGACAUGGCCAUGCCACGGGACCUUCACCUGGGCAGCUUCAGCAAGGGGCAGCUGCAAAAAUGGGUGCUGGGUAUGCUCCUGCACAAGCAAUAAUGAUCACCCGUCCCUCCUACCCCACGCCAGGCAGUGGGGGGUGUGAGCAGGAAACAAACGGGGAAAAAAAUAAUGAGGCCACAGGCAUUCAAAAUACAAUGAGCAGUCACACAGCAAGGCCAGGCCCCACUUUGUAUGCAUCCAAGCCGCUCUCCAGCCAUGGCCUUGAUGGGGAUGUGAGGCUGGGACCGAGCUCUGGCAAUCUGGUGGGGAGCAGGGACGGUGACACCAGGCAGCAGGAUGGGGGUGAGGGCUGGGGUCCUGCUCCAGGGCUCCCAGGGCUGGCGUACAAGGUGGUGCCCACAUUUCUGCUCCUGAUACAGGGUUGUCCCAUUUGCAGCUGCAGGGCUGGCGGUGGGAUGUCCUCAUACAGGUACAAAAGGCAGCUUUGGGUGCAGGCAGGGCAUCUUCUUUAGCUUGCAAAGUUGAAUUCUACAGGACAGGAGCUCUGCGCCCUGCUUGCUGCCACAGGGACAGUCCCAGCUUCAUGUCCCUUGCCCCACUGGCUCUUCCACCUCUGCUGUACCUCGGGAUGUAUUUUUUGGGGUGCAAGAAGGAGCAGCUGGAGAGAGAGCCUGGAUGGGACCCUGUAGAGCCCACCACCACUCCCCCAGCUCAUCUCCAUGCUUGGGGCGCAGGUUGCAGCUUUCAGAUGGUUUUAUCUUUUUCACCCAUUUUCAAGUACCUUUUAAGUAGAGUAGCAGAAGCCCCAGCUCCUUGGGGGGGCUACAGGAAGGGCUGUGCCCCCUUCCUCCUCCCUGUGUUCACAAAGGGGCCAUCCCUGUCCCCAUUCCUGCAUGUCCCCUCUCUCUGGGCAGCCAGCAGUGUGCCUGAGCAGGGCUUAUGGCACCCCCAGGCCUUUUGGGGAUGAAUUUUGGGCACAAGCUCCCAAAGGGCCAGGGACUGGAGGGGACAGGGCUAUGGCCCCAUAUCUUCACUCUGUGUCAUCCCCGCACCCCAUCUCAACUGCACCCCAUCCUGCUGGGAUGUGCCAUGGGCACAGCACACAUUUGGCCUCCUCGGCCCCCAGCUUGUCCCCAGAGGGAAGGGGGUGGCGGAGUCAAUGACCACAGCAUCCAAACAGCACCCAACCACGUUCAAACCAGACCCAGGCUGCUCCCGUGCCUUCCCCUGCCCACACUGGGGGGAUCACAGGGUUGGGGAGACACCCAUCACUCCCCAUCAUCCUCACCACAGGUCGCAUGCCAGGUGCCCCCACGCUCCCCGCGCUGUGCAUGCUUUGUUGUGUCAGGGGUCCCACCCACGUCACCUGCUCUGUCUGAUUUGUUUAUUUAUGUAUUUAUUUAUUUAUUUAUUUUACCUUGGGGGUGUGUGGGAGGGGUCAGGCACAAAGGCUUACAAAAUCUCCAAAAACCUCCCACCGUUUGCAAAGGAAGGUUCUGGCAGUGCAGACCUGCACAGUUUUCUAUGUCAUGAGCAUGUGAAAUUUAUUUGCAGGGGAAAAAAGGAAAAGAAAAACACAAAACUAGGAUUUUGUGAUUUUUUUUGUUUGUUUGUUUGCUUUGUUUUUCGCCUUUUCUUCCCCAUGUGCCUCCAGUAAGACAGCUACCUGCACAGUUGGUCCCUUCUACACUGUGUGCAGGAUCCAUGCCGCAGCCUCCAGCAAGGCAGAAGGGCUCGGGCAGACCCCAAGCACCUGGAGCUCAGCUGGGGACAACUGUCUGCUCAGACUGGGCACUCGCUAAGGGAUGGAGGUCAGGGCAAAGCUGCAAACAUGGAGCCAAAGGGAUUAGGGCAGUGGGUGAGGACCCUGGUGGGGUCAGGAGUUGGGGGGGUUGGGCUUUCCUGUUGAUCACCUGUGCGCACCACUGCCAGCCCUGUAAAACCCCUAAUAAACGAUGCUAAAACAACUUUCAGAGGGUACUAAAGUUCAUAUUAAUAACUAAUAAAUGAUUAAUGUGCAUGUGUUAA